AUGACGGCUUCCGGUAUGACCGUGCAAGACAAACCUGCAACCGAUGCCUACCUACACUGCGACGUGACCAGUCUCUUCAGUCUUAAGGAUCGCGUGGUAGUCAUCACCGGUGGUGCGAGGGGCAUUGGCUUGACAUUGGCAUUUGCAGUAGCUGAGGCCGGCGGUCUAGUCGCAUUGGUUGAUGCGUCGCCAGCACCACAUGAGCAUUUUGAGAUCCUCAAGCAGAGAGCGGCCAAAGUCGGAUAUUACCAGUCAGUCUUCCACACCUGUUCUCACCUGGGCCACACGUCAGAAACGCCAAGGGGCAAGGAUGACGAUACUGAUAUACUUGUGUCUUGUUUCUCCAGAUCGGAUGUCACCGACUACGAACGUCUGAAGAAUACCUUCGACGCGAUCGUCCAAGACUAUCAGCGUAUCGAUGGAAUUAUCACCGCGGCCGGCAUCUGUCCUGAUCAGCCGUUCCUUGACCGUUCUCCGACAAGUGUCAAGCGGACAUUCGAAAUCAACGUCCUGGGCACCUACUACGCCGUUCAACUUGCGGUUCGGCAGAUGGGCUCGCAACCACCCCUCGGCUCGAGCUCUCCGACCCCUUCGCACCCUCCGGCAGCCGGCUCCGUGGUGAUGAUCGCCAGUAUCGCUGCUCACCAAGCCUCCAAGCUCCAGUACACGUCAGACUACUGUGCCUCCAAAGGGGCGGUCCUGGCACUGUGUCGCCAGCUCAGCGUCGAACUGGCCACCACGGGAAUCCGCGUUAACUGCAUAUCCCCGGGCUAUGUAAUGACCGACAUGACGCUAGACAUCAGCGCGACGAGGCCCGGGCUGGCCGAGGUCUUCGUUUCGGAGCCGCCCAUGAAGCGAAUGGCUGACCGCACGGAACUCAAGGGUGCUGCUGUCUACUUGCUCAGUUCCGCUAGUAGCUAUAUGACGGGUGGUGAGCUUUUGAUUACCGGUGGAAUGCACGCUGGGAGGAACUGA